AGCAGUGCGCUGGCUGCAAUUGCUGACGAUGUAGCUCUCAAGGCUCUGGGAAAGCGAGGAUCCGGUCUGCCAGAGCAUCAGGAGCACCCGAGGCUGGUUAAGGGCCUUUUUGGCAUCACGUACCGUGGAAGUGCUCGGAUGCUGGGCGGCAACUGCCUGUGAGCGGCAGCUCCGAUGUUGACUGUUGGCUAUUCACCACCUACCUACCUACCUACGCCGUCACAUCGUGCUUGCCUCUGCCCUCGAAGAUGCAUAACACCGACAGCCGUUGGUCGUCAUGGGAUCAGUCACGGCAGAAACCAAAAUUUCCAUGUCUUCCCUCUAUCCGAGCUGUCCCAACCGUACACACCACAAUUUCUCAAGGGUUUAUCGAACAGUUCUACCAUAUCUGCUCGAGAAUUGACAGAAAUAUAUUUUACAGCACCAUCUUCUCCUCCACCAACUACCGUACGGGUUCGCUACCCAUAAGACACGGCACAGGAGCAACGUUGUAUUGUCUCGGCCGUCCCCAUGACUUGCAUGUGCGUCUCCCCUUGUCAUGGCCAUGAAACGAGUCGAGGCGACGGGUUGUCCAAACAGCUCCGCAUUACGAUCAACACCUUUGCGCGCAUCGCGCCUGUCGGGAACCACCAGCCCGCCGCCUCCGUCGGAGCAACUGCCUGCACCCUGCAAGAGCUCUGGGUCUAUAACGAGGUGUGGGGAACCCGGCUCGACAUCCAGGUGGCGCCGCCGGAACGGGGGCGGCCUCUCCCUAGGUCGUCCGCGGCCGACAUGCCGCAGGCCAGGAUCGAGGCUAUGCUGUCGGCUCUGGAGUGGGCCUUUGACAUCUUCCACAGGCACUUCCGGCAGAAGAGGUGCACUUCGGCCCGGAUCACCAUCGCCACAGAUCUCGAGGCGGAGGAGGCCGUCGAGGCGAUGAGGACGUCCGCAUUCGAUACUCUCCAUCGCGACCUGGCAAUCCCUAUUCGCAACCUCCUCUACUAUUUUGUCGACGCUGGAGCGGAGAUUGGAUUCUCGUUUGUCAAAUCCCCUGAUCUCAAAGCCGAGUCGGUGCUGAGCAGCGAGCUGGCGAAGCAGGGCUAUGGUGCCGACACAUAAAACAUUCUUUCCUGCCAUUCACAAUAGCGAAGAUCACAGAGAUGACCGGUUGGAUGCUUGUACCAGAGAGGCCGGAUCACCGCUGCCACUACCUCUGUUGUUCUGCUGUCCUUUAGUGUCUCAAUAGCGCGGAAGGAAUACUUGAUUAGAUGUAGCUACUUCAAACAGCACGUCGACUCGCAUCCCAUCCCCUCCUUAUUCGCCGCCGCCCAGACACCUCUGCAGCUCCGCCAUCUGGUCGUUCUUCAGCGCCCGUCGCUCGUCCUGACUGAGCUGCUUGGCAAACC